AUGAAAAUAGCGGUGAUUGGGCAGAGCCUUUUCGGCAGAGAAGUUUACAAGGCGCUGUUAAAAGAGGGGCAUCAGGUGGUAGGCGUGUUUACCAUCCCAGAUAAAGAUGGCAAACCUGACCCCCUAGGUACGUUUUAGGCAAACUAUGUAAUGCAUAUUCUGUAACACGGGCAAUGCAAGUUAGGAUAUUUUACCUUUGGUAAUCACAUAUGAAUAAGAAUCUGGUAUUCACUAAAACUACCUUUAGUGUAAUUCAUUCUAGGGCCCUGUUCGGCUCAUUGGGCAAUGCAUUAGUCAUGCUCCCUCAAAUUAUGCUUAUUUCAGAAAUGGUUAGUUAUUAAACCACAUUUUAUAGAAUUAGGUCAGAAUUGUAAAAUUGAGGUUAAAUAUUAGUGAAAUUGAGGCUAAAGCUGUUACUAGUGCUAAUUUUUUUUUUUCCAGUGCAGCUAUUUUAUGCCUCAAUUUUAUAAUUCAGGUUCAAUUUGUCAAAAUUAACUUUUAGUAAAUAUUCAACCCUAAAUUUCUCUGUGAUCAACUGUUUAACUUUGUUCCCAUUGGGGUUUAAUGAGAACACAACAUGUAAACUUAAACAUGCCCUACAGAUAGCUAUUAUACCAAAUAUGGGAGAUUAGUUUUUCUGCUUAAUAGAAACCCAUUCAAAAUGUCCACUUUUUACUUGGAGUAGAAUGUCACUCCAUAUGUUAACUUUUAACUUGGAGUCAUCAUAUAUGCCAGCAAUAGUUUUAACUGAAUCCUGCAUUACUCCUUAGGUAACGAAUAUAAUGCUACUUCAGUAUGAUGGAGACAGGUAACAGCGGACGUGCAACUAUUGCAAAUCUCAGGUGUCUGUAUUUGAGUAGAAUAGGAUUCAUAGCUUGCUGCUGUGUUAAUAAAUACAUUGCACCACGGCACAGUAUGCAUUGCUGGUAUCAGAUAUUUUUGUAGACUCUGUUUUAAAACCCAUGCUGUGUGAAUUCUUACUGUUGUAGGAUAAUUAACCAUGUUAUGUUCUUUUAACUACGGUUCUGGUGUUUGCUGUCAAUGCAUGUUUAAUGCAUCCCUGAUUAAUCUUCCUGCAGGCAUGGAAGCAGAAAAGGAUGGAGUGCCUGUGUUUAAGUUUCCCAGAUGGAGGGUGAAAGGGAGUGCAAUCCCUGAAGUGGUAGAGAAGUACAAGGCAUUGGAAGCAGAGCUGAACGUGCUCCCAUUCUGCUCCCAAUUUAUUCCAAUGGAAGUAAUUGAUUUCCCCAAACAUGGAUCCAUUAUUUAUCACCCAUCCAUCUUGCCACGUCAUCGUGGAGCCUCUGCGAUCAAUUGGUAAGAGUUACUGGAACUGGUUAGGUUUGACUGAUCGAUAAUCCACAAUGAAGGUCCAGCACACUGCAGUAAAUAACCUGACACUGUCCUCUAUUAAUAGUUGAUGUUAGAGAUCGCAUAUACUAGAGAACGGUAAAGAACACAAGCAUACUUACCUUGUAGUACCAAUGCAGCUCUCUGUCAUCAACCCCUACAUAUAGCUGUGUGAUUACAGAAUUAUUAUAUUUAUAUUGUUUUCAUACUUUGGGUUUUGGCGACAAUCCAUCUGUAGGGCCAUGACAUUCUCAUAUUCCAUUUUCUGUUUUGAAAAUAACUUUUUUUUUAUUCCAGGACCCUUAUGCAGGGGGACAAGAUUGGGGGCUUCACUGUUUUCUGGGCUGACGACGGGCUGGAUACAGGAGACAUUCUGCUACAGAGAGAGUGUGAGGUCCUUCUUGAUGACACUGUGAAUUCAAUAUACAACAGGUUUCUCUUCCCUGAGGGAGUGAAGGGGAUGGUGAGUCUAUUCAGUAGACACAGUGGUCUUCAGUAUACACAGAAAAGAGAUCUUAUGGCAACUUCACGUCCCAUGUGCUCCUUUUCACCUGUUCCUACGGAACUUCCGUUGCUAUGACCUUGCACAAGUUUUACCAAUCUCUCCUCGUCAUGUCUACGAGAGGAUUUUGCUUUUAAAAUGCUUUAACCUCCUUUGUCUAAAUACUGCAUAAAUAUAUCAUAUCUUUAAUUGUGCAUUGCUAUAGCAGGCAGCAUUAUCUUACAUAGCAAACAUUUUUGCAAAACUAUACUUACUAUAUGUGACAUUAAAGAAAUUAUCUUUAAGUCUUGAAGGUGUUAAAAUCCCCAAAUUACCCUCAAUUUCCUAACAAAUAUCAAUUUUAGAUAGCUAUAGUUAAUUCAAUGUACACAUUUUCUUACUGUUAAACCUAGGUUAAACAAUAAUUAAGCAGCAAAUGUUUAAAAUAUAUAAUGGUAAUUUGUUGGAAAAAAUAUGGUAAUAAUGACAAAGUUAAAGGACACUCCACUGCCCCUCUCCACCCCUCCCCCCAAAAACAAAAUCCAUAAAAAAAAAAAAAAAAAUCAAUGUUUAGUAAGGCAGGUGAUCUGGGCAAUUGUUGCCUUUUGAAUUUAGCUCCAUUGAGCAAACCAAACCAGAAAGUAACAGGACCUGGUGUCUGACAACUUUGUAUUAUAAAAUUGCAAUUUUUUUGUUAAAAUCUGCACUUUUGUAUAAAGAAAAAAAGAGGACACACUCUUCACACAUUAAGCAAUUCAGUAACCAAAGUACUUUAGGGAUCUGGAAUGUCCCUUUAAACUCACGACGGCAAACCUUUUUGCUUUACUGAACAUUGAAACUGCAGCAACAUUAAAGCAAAGUCAGUUCGUACCGGUUUUUCUUAAAUUCUAUGGGAACCAAUGAAAGUCAACGUUUGACCUUCCUGUACAAUAAAGAGAUUUCUACUUUUCAGAUUGUGCAUUUAUUCAUGAAUUUUUGUCUGUAAAAAUUAAAUUUUCUUCAGUUAAUAUUUCUGUUCUGAGUAGGUAAUACUUUUCUUUAAUUCUAGGUGAAGGCCGUCCAGCAGAUUGCCCAAGGCACUGCACCAAAAAUCCCGCAGCCCACGGAAGGUGCAACAUAUGACCCCAUCCAAAAAAAAGAGAAUGCCAAGGUAAACAUCGUAACAAUCACAAUGACUCCUACCCUUCUAUAGAUUGCACCAACUCUAAUUUUUGGCACUAAUAUCUUCUCUUUGACUUUAUUGGAGUCAAUAAAAAAGAUGACUUUAUUGACCUUAAUAAUAAUCCAGAAAAUCUUUUUUUUUCUCGCAAUCAACAGUAAUUGUAUUAACCCAAUCAUAAUCAGGUGAGUCUGAAAGCCUCGGAUAUGGGGAAGCACUCCCACGGGGUUAUUUGUUAAAGUAAGAAUUCACAGUGAAUUUAAGGUGAAUUUCAAAUUUAAAGGGACACUAUAGUCAACAAAACAACUACAGCUUAUUGUAUUUGUUCUGGUGAGUAUAAUCAUUCCCUUCAAGCUUUUUUGCAGUAAACACUUUCUUUUCAGAGAUUAAUUUUGUUUUUGUUUGUAUAAAGAUUAACUGGGACCAAACUGCAGAAGCUAUCCACAACUUUAUCAGAGGGAAUGACAAAGUGCCCGGAGCUUGGACAGAAAUUGAGGGAAAGGUGUGUGUCUGUUUUCAACCAUUCCUAAUGCUUCCUGUAUGCAUCUCAGGUGUCUAUAUUAAGGAUAUAAAUUACUUUAUACCUGCUGUCUUUUUUUCUAGGCGCUCAGAAUCUGUGUCCAUACAGCUGUAUCAUAGCGUUCUACAGAAAUAAAUAUCACAGUAAUGUGUGGUCUGUAUGAGUGUACCACAGAGCUCAACAGCAAUAAAACUCAUUGUUAGAGGCCUGUACACAAGUUGUUACUGCUUGCACCUCUGCCUUUACAACGGCUAGGUCAAUUUCCAACUGCUUUUGAAAGUCUGUAAAUAAACUGUGGAUAUCCUGUUUGGUAGCUGGGGUUGAACCAUCCAGUAGUGCUGGAACCUCUUGACGGGGAAUGGUGUACAGGGAGGUAAGGCCUGGUCCACCAUGCCAUCAUCCGAUGAAGAAGUGUAAGCCUCAGAAUCUUCUGGGUAUGCCAACUUGAUGCGAGGUGUAUAGUGAUAUCAAUAUUUCGAGUAUCUUUAGCAGUAGACAGUUGGGGCUUCUGAGAUCUGUGGAUGUACAUGUGCCAAGGUAAUUGGUGAGUAGUCAUCCGUAUGGCCUCCAGAAUAACCAGCCUUUACCAGUAGGCCACCCACAAAAUAAGACUUUAGCAAACUGCGAAAGUCGGGCAGAAAAAAAAUGCAUCCUCCUGCUCUAUGCAACACUCUGCCACAAGCAGAUUGGGGAGUUUUCCUGCAUAGAGGGCUAGAUUAUACACAAAAGGAACAAAAGCACAGGUGCUACUAGAAAUGACAUCUGUACUGGUUCCAUGGUAGCCUCCACUGAACUGGUACUUUCUUCUCCAAACAGUUACAGAGUUUGAUAGUGUAGAUUAAUUAUCCCUUUUCAAUAACAGUUACAGAACUUGUAUUUAAAUAUUCUAAUAAUUUCUGUAUUGGAAUUAAAGGAAUGUAUUCAUUAUUAAUGUGUUUUUUAAUGCAUCUGAAAUGAACUUUGAAUUGCUAGAACUUUGGCAUUGCAGUGAAUAGCCAGUCAAUGCAAACUGCAAUAUUAGAAAAUUUGGCUUCCUGUGAAUGAAUGUUUACUAUCCAUACAAUCUUGUAAUCAUCAUGACACAGCAUGAAGGCAAAGUGUAAAUCAUUAAUCCAGCAGAGGUUCACUUAAAAUAGGAUGAGAGCACAGCAAAAUAAUAAAUGGUGCACAUCGGUAACAACACCCAUACCAGCAACCACGCCACUAGUUAAGCUCAUAGCACCACUGACACCCCCUCCAGUACUGAUUUAAUAUUUCUCAAUGCUAGGUUUAUAAUAAAAAAGUUCAAAAGUUCUUUUGCCUCCUCUUCCUAUGUAUAGUUUCCUUGUCACCCCAGCGUUCUCCCUAUCUUAUUUAUAACUCUUGUUCUGUGUUGUCCAUGUGAAACAUUCCUUGAUAAUCGAUAUAUAUUUGAUACAUCUUACUAUAAAAGCAGUUUGUUUGUUUACUAUAUGAUUAUAUUUUUCCAACCUUUACAUACUCAUCAAUCUUGAUAAGUAUGAAGACAGAACAGGGGUGGACAGGACAGGUUGGGAUCUUAAAGGGAUGACAGCAAUCUGGGCAUGUUAUCAUAGUUUAGAAUGUUAUUAUAUUAUUUUUACACAAGCAUUUUAGAUUUUUAUGUAGAUUGCUGCAUUGCACAAUGUGUUGGUAAUGAAUUAGAUGAAUCCUUUUAUGGUUUACAAGUUGAACUCUUUUAUACACUAGAUUUAAAAUUAUUCAGACCAUGCAAAGUAGUUUUAUUAAAUCUCUUUUUAUCACUUUAUUCAUUUCUCCAGAAAAUUACAUUUUUCGGCUCCACAUUGACAUCGACCGGACUAGUCACAGAUGGGGUACCACUAGAAAUAGCUGGAGCAUCGCAACCAGCCAUGGUCAGCAAGAACGGUCUUGUCCUGUUUGGCAAUGAUGGUAAAACGGUGAGAUUUUUAUUUUGUAAACUAUAAUAUAGUACAAUAAAUGCAGAACCCUUUUGUACUGGAACUGAUUUCAGAUAAUAAACCUAUAUAAAACACAAGACUGUGAAACCUAGCUCAGGUUAUACUUGUACAUCUUUAACAUGGAACACAGCUUGCAAAGCAUUAUGGGAGCUUUACUUUCACAACAUCAGAGGAACUGUAUGAUGGUUAAACUUGCAUUUAGAUACCAAGAUAGAUUACACAUAACUAUACCAGCAAUAAUAAUAAUACAUUGAUAAUAGGGCGGCCAUAUUUAUCUUUAUAUUAGAGGCAUUUGUGGAAAAUAUAUACUGUAGACCAAGGGUAAGCAACAUUUGGCACUCCAGAUGUUGUGGACUACAACUACUUUGAUGCUUUGCCAGCAUUAUGUUCGUAAGAACAUCAUGGGAGAUGUAGUUCACAACAUCUGGAGUGCAAAAGGUUGUCUUAUCCUGCUGCAGACAGAGCUAUGUUAACCGCCACAUGACAUGGAGCCUAGCAAGAGUUAUCAAAUCAUAAUAUACAUGAAUUGUUAAUAGUGGUUAAAGGGUUAAAUUAUUGCAGGAUACAUCUUUUAUGAGAUUCCUUAAUGUGAAGGCUAUUGUGGACAUAGGAAAUGAACCCUACCUUCACACUGCGUGCUAUAACAGUGCCUCUAUCUGUUGGUCUCUCUCUCUAUCUGUGUCUAACAUUAUACAUUUCUAACGGACAUGCACUGAUCUUUCAUUCUCACUCCUACACAAAUUAGCUAAAGAUGAGCUAAUGCUGGGAUUUGUCAUCUGGAUAAUCUAAAUAUUUUUAAAAUGAAAUGCUUUUCCAAUUGGAAAAUAAUGACUGAGAAAAUGAAUGGACAAAUAAAAAGGUGGCAUACGUAUCUGAAUAUCACAGUGGAUACAUCUUGUUACACAGUGUUGCUUGCUUGAUAAGAUGCAUACACUCUUAGACGUAAUUUCAACAACAUGAUAACUGAAUUCUAGACUUUGUCCUUAGUCUGUUUAUUUCCUAUUUAUUGUAUAGCAUAUAUUCAGUACAUUUUGAAUUGUGUUAAAAAGAAUUCUGCCAAGUGUACUAAACUGGACAAAAAAUUACUUAUUUAUUUUACUCUUUUAAAACAAUUAAAAAAAAAUUUGGCUCAGGUUUUAAAAAUGGUCGUCAACUUAUUAUUCUUUGAUACAUUUACUUUAGUUAUGUCUUGCUUUGAAGAAACCUCAAUGAGAAACACUAGUCAAGUUAAAAAAAAUUUUUUAAAAAAUUUGCCAUCUAGUCCAUGGUGGGAAGACCCUAACCUAGACAAUUUAUGUAGCAUAUUAAUCUUCAAAUGAAGAGAACUGUAAAAUGAGUUAUUUAAUACAGUAAUAUUUGUGAUUUCAUGCAGCUCACAGUAAAGAAUCUUCAGUUUGAAGAUGGGAAGAUGAUACCGGCUUCACAGUAUUUCAAAUCCUCUGACACUACCACAUUGCAUCUCUCGGAAGAAGAACUGGCACUAUCCGAGGAGAUUAGGGUAUGUGCAGCAAGGAUGGCAGCAUAUAAAAAUAUAAGUAUCUGAGAUUUCUACACAUCCCAAGAUAUAAAAAGACUUUACAAAAUGUGCCCUUUGAUUUCUACCCCAAUGGGGUACCAGAAGAGGAUUAUCAUCACUUGGGGCCCUAGGCAGGUCACCAGUUUGCAUCCCCCUCUUUAUUCUUCACAUAGGGAUUAUUAUUGGUCCUAGGGCCCCUGUCUAAGCAUUGGGACCUGGGCGGUCGCUUAGGUUCACGUUAUGGUUAAUUUUGCUCUGUGGGGUAUGUGAACCAGUGGUAUAGUAUGUAUGGUCUAUGCCAGUAGUAGUUGACCAUGAUACCCAAUCCAUAUAUUAUUUGCAAAAGAUCCACAGUGCUACGGUUAAUUAUCAUUGGCUUGGUAUAGCUUAAAUAAAUGGCACAGUCACUUUGAUGUAAGUUCUUUUAAUUCUCUUUCUCAGGCUGUGUGGAAACGAAUCCUCUCCAAUGUCUCUGAAAUUGAAAAUUCCACUGAUUUCUUCAAGGCAGGAGCAGCCUCCAUGGAUGUACUGAGGUCUGUUUGUUAGGGGAAGUUUCAAUCGGUAUACCAAGAAAAAUAAAUAUCUUAUUAAACAUAAUAAACACAAAAUACAGUAUAAAAAGCAUUAAUUGUAAUAACAGUAACAUAGGGUUCUAAACUAGUGUUCUGGGAAACUUAUGGAAAGCAUGUGUGAGUGUGUGUGGGUGUGCGUGCAUGCGUGCAUCUGUGUCUGCAUGCAUGCAUUUGUGUGGGUUAUAUUUAUGUAAGUUAAAAUUAACUCAGCCUAUGAGAAGAGUACAAAACAUGUUUAAAUUUUUCAAAGUACUUUCAGUGAUUGUGUCUUGCAAUGCAGUCCUGAUACCUUGUUACACUGUACAUUUAUUUUAUGAUCUAGCCCUUCAGUAAAUUCUGCAGCAAGAAUUCGCCAGUGUAAAAGCAAAUGAUUCACCUUAGUAAAAGUAGCACAAAAAAAAAUAGAUAAAACUUAAUUUAUAUUUUUGCAUGGAUGCCUUCUCUUGGAAAGGAGAAACAUAUAGUAUUAGGUUCUCCUGAUGGCUUUGUGUCUUUCCAGGCUCGUAGAAGAAGUGAAGCUAAAAUGUGAUGGGCUGCAACUGCAGAACGAGGAUGUUUACAUGGCGACACAGUUCGAGGAAUUCAUACAAAUGCUGGUGCGGCGCCGUAGGGGAGAGGGCAGAGAAGAAGAGCUGAUAAUUGAUUAUGUGAGUUACAUUAUGGCCUGUUCUUUAUAUUGAGUUCAGGGUAUUUUCUUUUAUUUUACUUAGAGAUAGAUGGAUGUAACAGAUAUAUACUGAUGGUAAUUUAUCUCCCUUUAAUAUCCAACAUUUUUUGUCUUGAUGAUGUUGUUUCAGUAAAAGAAACAUUAAAAAGGUUUUAUGUUGGCGUAGACAAUGUGCAAUGCCAUUUAAAGUCACAUGUAAACUAUUUGAUCAUCUCCUAGGAUGUAGAUAUUAGAGGUUCUUUUGUGUUAAUCGUCCCUACAAUAAACAUGUUCCUGACUUUUGUUCCAGGUGGAAAAACACACUAAUAACAUGACUGUCAGAAUGCCUCAUCAGUUGUUUAUCAAUGGAAAAUUUAUAGAUGCCGAAGGUGGAAAAACAUAUGAAACAUUUAAUCCAACAGAUGGAAUGGUAAGUGCUGCUAAAAGGCAGUAAGCGAAGGGGUCCAAUUAAUGGUGAUAGCUGUAAAUAAAUAGUACCUAACCCCCACCAAUCACAGGUACACUAAAAUUAGGGGUUCUCCAUGCAAUAUUGAACCUACGGGAUCUGCCCAUUGGGGAAAAAAAAUUAAAUCACAGCGAUUGAUCACCGUGAUAGCUUCGUGCUUAAUGUUCUAGAUACAUUUCUAGUGUCUGAUCAAACCAUAGACUUGACUCCUGACAUGAUCCAGUGUAGCCUUGUCUUUCCAAGGUUGUUUAAAUGGGUACCACUAAGAUAGUAAUAGCAUCUAUGCCAAGGAGAUUAUUGAAAAAUUUGUGAAAACUUACUUUGCAUUACUUGUAUAAACCCUCAAGGCGUUCGGCUUGCCCUGUAGCACUCAGAGGGACAAAGGAAUGGUAAAUAUUCUUACAUAAACCUCCAACUCUUUGCCACCAAAAUGUUCUUCCUUGUUCAUUCCUUUGGCUCUUGGUGGCUUCAUCUACCAGAAGCUGCUCUCACUAUGCUCUCGUUCAUGUACAACAGUACAAAACAGGGCCUAUGGAAAAUCCUGUAAAUGAUUUGGAAGUGAUGGUUUAUAGGAAAUUGCAACACAUGGUGGCAAAGUUUCUGUCUAUUCUUAGGCUAUCUGCAAGGUUUCGCUAGCACAGGUUUCUGAUAUCGAUAAAGCUGUGGCUGCAGCUAAGGAGGCCUUUGAAAAUGGCGAGUGGAGAAAGAUGAACCCGAGGGACAGAGGAAGUCUGCUUUACAGGUGAGAUGAAAACUUGACUCUGAUUUUUUUUUUUUUUUUUAAAAGAACAGUCCAAAAUGUACAAAAUGUUAAUUUCCACUGAAUUUUUAUCAUCUCUCUAUUUACUAAAUCAAUUACUACUUUCUAUGAGGUAACUAUGGCAUCUACUGUAGUAGGAAGCUGAGCCAAGAGCCAGAUAGAUUAUAAGCCUGUGUGGAACUUUGCCUGAGGGAACAUUAGAGUUUGUAAAAUUAAACCAUUUUGGACGUAUGAAUAUUACCACUUACAUAAUUAAUUACUUUUAUUAUUAAUAGUAAUCAUUAAGUGUUUUUUUUUAUGUUCUAAUGCAAUGCAAGAGUCCCCAGCAGCCCAUCCAUUCUUUGCGACUUGGAUUAUUGAGGAAAUAUAAACCUGAGCAGCAGUGGGUGACGGUGUUUGGCUGAGAGUGUCAACUGGCUACUUCAGCCUAUCACAGCCUGCAUUACUCUAAAUUGGCAUGAAAUGAGCUAGAGCUCAUUCAAUGUUUACUGCUUGAAAGUGGUUCAACACUGAAUGGAUAAAGAAAGGGGGCUUCAAGCGCUAUAACCGAUUUAAUGAGAUGGCAUGGUUAUAGUGCCCUUUAGAACCUCUUUAAGUACAUGAUUAGUUAAGUUACUCAAGCUUUUGUUUUGACAAACUGAAUUUAUUCACUGAAUGCCAAAUUGUGUGAAUUAAAAACUUAAUUGAAGCAGGAGUGGUUUUAGAAACAUUCUUUAAUUCAGCUACAUUUAUUGCUUGUCUCUUUUAGUCUAAGUGUAGUAUUUAGUAAAUAAAUCAUUUGCAUCCUUUAGUGCCAAAUGACAAUGUAAUUAAUAAUAAGCAAAAAUAUGUUGAUAUCACUAAUACAUGGUGACAGACGUUUAACAAAGAGGAUGGGGGUAUUGGGAUACUGCUUUUGCCUUGUUAUCCAUUGUUUCUUAGCAACUAAGAUUUUAAUAGCAAGACAAUGGAAAUUAAAUCUUCCUUUCCACUUAAUUGACCAACUUUUAUUUCAACUCUGUAUGGAAAAGGAUUUGCAUGGCUCUUCUCUAUAUUACUUAAAUAAACAAGAUCAAUAUAACAAAUGGCUGAAAGUUUUAGUAAGUGAUUAAAUUGAAUGGAAGGAUUUGAUUGACUUUUUUUUUUUAUUGAAAAUUGUUUUUAUAUUGAUACAAAUUCUUCUACUAGACUAACUAUGAGUUAGACCUUUAUUGAACUGACCAUGUUUUAGAUUUGUAAAAUUGCACUGUUACGACUAUAUAUAAAUUGGUACUUUUAAUGGGAAAUACCACUAAAUGUUCAGGGAUAUUUCUGAGUUGAUCCUUUCCCAAUUCACUGGGUACCUGCUGUUAAUGUAUCUUUUUGUGUAUUGGUUUUCUUUUUUGUUUCUGUCUAUACGCUGUUUAUGUUGUAUAAAACAAGAAUAUGUAAAAGAAAAUUCUAAUAAAUAAUAUUUCAAAAAAUUAAAUAAAAAGAUACUGCUUUUUCCCAGGAAUCUUACGGACCAUAACACACAUUUUUACUUUUGUUCCAUGGCUCUAGAUUGGCAGACCUCAUGGAGCAACAUCAAGGAGAGCUGGCCACUAUUGAAUCCAUAGACUCGGGGGCCGUGUACACACUGGCAUUGAAAACCCACGUGGGGAUGUCCAUCCAAACUUUUAGAUAUUUUGCCGGCUGGUGCGAUAAAAUCCAGGUGAGAGAAAGAUAGCAAGAAGAUCUACGACUGAAUCACUUUGAAUUGCUUUCUUUGUAAUAAUUUCUGAUGUAUUAUCAUAUUGGAGAUUAGGCUGGGAUUUUCAAACUGCAUUAAAAAGGUAGUUUAGUAGAGUAAUUUACAAAAAAAUAACACAAUAAAACCUUCUAACAAUUUAUGGUAUUGCCCAGUCAAAACCAGGUUUCUAUUUGGACUAAGCAGGUGGCGAAAAUCUUAAUCUUCCUGGGAUUACACAGGGUGAUCAAUUAAAGGCAUUUCUUUUUUAAAGCAUAUUGGAUGUCAUACAUUUUAUAUGAACAUGUAUUUUAAUAAUAUACUAUGUAAAAUAGCUGGUAUUUUAAUGACAGCAUGCUGUAAAUGGUUUAAAGGAAUAACUAUGCUUUAAAUUUGCAUAGUAAAGUUCAGAAACAGAUUUGCCCUCUGUGUAUUUUAGGGCUGCACUAUUCCCAUUAACCAGGCUCGGCCAAACCGCAAUCUGACGUUUACUAAGAAAGAACCCAUUGGGUGAGUUUGGUCUGUUUUUAUUUGUGUAUCAAAUGACAAACUAACUUAUUAUUAUUAUUAUUAUUAUUAUUAUUGCCAUUUAUAUAGUGCCAACAGAUUCCGUAGCGCUUUACAAUAUUAUGAGAGGGGGAAUUAACUAUAAAUAGGACAAUUACAAGAAAACUUACAGGAAUGAUAGGUUGAAGAGGACCCUGCUCAAACGGUCCUAUAGGAGGUGGGGUGUAAAACACAAUAAGACAGGAAAUAGCAAUCAAAUAAAGUCGGAGUGAAGCAGAGCUGGAGGAGAGAGUAGAGUGCUGCCCUUUAGGAGAGAGCAAGAGACAGGUAUGUGAGGUAGAGGUUACUCUGGGAGGCCAUAAGCUUUUCUAAAGAGAUGGGUUUUAAGGCACUUUUUAAACGAUUGAAGACUAGGGGAGAGUAUGAUGGCGGUAGGCAGGCUAUUCCUUAGGAAGGUAGCCGACCGCGAGAAGUAUUGCAGGCGCGAGUUGGCCGUAGGCGAGCAGCGGACAGGAGAAGAUCACGGGCAGAGCGGAGAGAUUGAGGAGGGGCAUACCUAUGGAUCUAUGAAGAUAUGAGGGGCUAGAAUUGGCCAAUGCUUUAUAGGUAUGGGUUAGCACUUUGAAUUGAGUCAUAGGAUACAGGAAGCCAAUGUAAGGACUGACAGAGGGGUGAGGUGUCAGAGGACCGAAAAUCAGUCUAACAGCAGCAUUCAUUAUAGACUGUAGCGAGGCUAUAUGGCUUUUGGGAAGACCAAUUAGGAGAGGGUUACAAUAAUCCAAAUAAUAAGGAAAUUACUAGAGGAUGGACAAGCUCCUUAGUAGCAUCUUGAGUAUGCUUUUAAGUUGGAAUCUACAGGACUUGGUAACAUGCUGGAUGUGAGGCUCAAAGGUGAGGCCAGAAUCCAGUAUGACACCAAGACAGCGCGCUUACAAGGAUGGACUUAUGUGGAUACCAGUAACUUGAAGGGAGCGUAAAAGAGGAAGAUCAAUAUUAGGAGAAGGAGAGACGAGGAGCUCAGUUUUAGAGAGUUUUUUGAGUUUCAGAAAGUGGGAGGACAUCCAGUCAGAGAUGGCAGAAAGGCAAACAGUAACACAUUGCAGGACAGCAGGAGAGAGGUCCGGGGAGGAGACCUAUAUCUGGGUGUCAUCAGCGUACAGGUGGUAGUGGAAUCCAAAUGAGGUAAUAAGUUUGCCAAGAGAGGCAGUAAAAAGAGAAAAUAGAAGGGGACCAAGGACAGAGCCUUGGGGGACUCCAACCAAGACAGGAUGAAGGGAGGAAGUUUCAUUAGAAAAGGAGCCACUGAAUGAGCAUUGGGAGAGAUAAGAGGAAAACCACGAGAGGACGGAGUCACAGAGACCGAGUGAUUGAAGAGUUUGAAGAAGGAGAGCAUGAUAACCGGUGUCAAUGGCAGCAGAGAGGUCAAGAAGAAUUAGUAUGGAGUAGUGGCCUUUGGAUUUAGCUGUGAUUAGGUCGUUGGUAACUUUGAUAAGAGCAGUCUCAGUAGAGUGGAGGGAGCGGAGUCAGAUUGAAGAGGGUCAAGGAGAGAGUUGGAAUUGAGGGAGUGAGACAUAUAGGUAAAGACAAGUCUUCCAGAAGCUUUGAGGAAAAAGUAAACAGGGAUAUGGGACGGAUCGAAAGAUGUUUUUUUUCAGGAUAGGUACUACAGUGGCAUGUUUAAGGUCAGCAGGGUCAAUGCUAGAAGACAGCGGUCAGUUGAAGAUGUGUGUUAAGGAAGGCACAAGACAAGGGGGAAGAGAUCUGAUAAGAUGAGAUGGGACAGGAUCGAACAGGCAAGUGGUGGGACGAGAGGAAAGGAUAAGCGCAGCCACCUUUUGUUCAGUAGCCGGGGAGGAAGUCUGAAGGGUAGGAAAGGCAUGAUCUACGUGUGGCUGAGAAAGAGAAAGGCCGGGUAGGGAGAAUUAUUUCCUUAGCUGUUCAAUCUUGUCGGUAAAGUAACAUGCAAAGCUAUUGGCUGUAAGGUUAGUUUGAGAGGUGGCCACAGCAGGGCGAGGAAGAGAGUUAAAGGUGUCAAAGAGAUGCUUGGGAUUAAUGAGAGAGGAUAAGUAUGACUGUUUGGAGAGGGCAAGAGCUGCGCUGUAUGAACAUAAUAUGAAUCUAUAAUGGAGAAAGUCUGACUGGGUGCGAGACUUUCUCCAGGAGCGUUCAUCACAACCGUAGCAUCUUUGCAGGUAGCGUGUUGAUUUAGUAUGCAUGGUUGGGGGCGUGUCCUCCUUGAGGUGCAUGUUUGGAGUGGGGCUGCAGCGUUCAAGGCAGAAGUGAGAGUAGUGUUAGAAGUGGAGAUGGCCAGUGAGGGACAGGAGAGGGAGGGGAUGGGUAGGAGUUGUGAUCAAUAUCAGCUGACAGCUGCUGGAGGUCAAUUUAAAUUUAGGUUCCUCCUGAGUUGAGGAGGAUUAGGCUGAGGUUGUUGAUGAGGGGGUAUUCAAGAGCAAAUGAUAAUUGGUGGUAGUCAGAGAGAGGAAAUGGAAUGUUGCAGAUAUUAGACACUGUACAUGCAUAGGAGAAAAUGAGGUUGAGGGUAUUGCCAGCUACAUGGGUGAGAGAAUUAGCCCAGUGCGAUAGCCCAAGGGAGGAAUAAUUGAAAGUAGUUUAGAGGCUGCUGAGGUCAAGGGUGGGUUAAUGGGAAUAAUUAAGUCCCAAAAAAUUAGGGAUGGUAUGUUAGAGGAGAGGAAGUAGGAUAGCCAAUACAUGGCACAGAAUUAAAUAAAAACCUUCUUAAAGUCUAUUUAGACUAUUGGGUGCAUUAUGGUUAUGCUAGAACUAUAAAAGGACAUUUAAGCCUUAAACAGAAACAGUAUAUCUUCCUAUUUGACCAUUUUCACUGUUAUAAAUAUAUACUAUUAUAAUGUAUAUACAAAAGGGUUUAAAUAAAAAAACAGAACAGAAUUAUUCACUAAUCAUUGAUUUGAGCUGACCACUUUAAAUCAAAGGUUUGUAUGGCCUAAAUGUUCAAGUCAACUAUUAUCUAAUUAAAAGUCAUUGCCUGGUGAAUACACCCUAGUAAACCUACCAUUCUAAAUUACUAGGACAGACCUGUCCAAAAUAUAUUGGCAUAACUCACUUUGUACACAAAGGAUCCAGUUAGGGUUCAAACAGUGCAUGCCAACAAGUUACUUUCCAAUUUUGCUGAAUUACAACUCUCGUGUGCUUUGAUAAACCUGCCUCCAGAAAAAGUCUGGCUGAGUAGCACAGGACAUGUAGACAGCUAUGCCAGUCUUGAGCUAAACACUUGCAGGUAAAAUUAUUAUGAAUGGUAAAUUAUUAUAGAUGCUGCCCACUGCAGUUAAGUCUGGAAUUAUUCAUAAAAAAAAAAGCCGUGACCACUUUCUGAAACAUAUUCUGUGUGUCUACUACAUCUCAGCAGCCAGUACAGAGAUGAAAGUCCUGCAGGAAAUACAUGAAAGGAUUACUCCAAGCACCAUGACCAGUUAAUUGAUUUAAAGUGGUCAUGGUGCCUGUAGUCUGUAUAAAGAUUCACAUACAUAGAGGACAGACUCCUUUCACUCCAUCCUAUUUGACUUACCAACCCCUUUGGCAAGGGAUGUCAGCCAAGGAGGAUCAGGAAACAGUGAGAACUUGGUGCUGAUAUUUAGAUACGUUUUAGCAUUUAUUUAUUUUAAAGUUGGGGUGGGAGGCAGACCACUCCAGAAACGGUUACUUUAAUUAAAGGCAGUGUUUUCUGAAAACACGGUUUUAUGGGUGCAUUAACCAUUAAAGCUCUGAGAUAAACCGACAGAAUAUUGCAGUUAUCUUGACCAGCUUGUUUAUUGCAGAGUCUGUGGUAUCAUCAUCCCCUGGAACUACCCUUUGAUGAUGCUGGCGUGGAAAACGGCUGCUUGCCUGGCCGCCGGUAAUACUGUGGUGCUAAAACCAGCUCAGGUGAGGGAGCUUUGGAUGUGUAUGCUACCAUCUAAACUUUAAAUCCAGUGAAAACAUACAUAAGUCAAACUUAUUCAUCACAAAUAGAAUAUCAACAUUGAACGCAAUAUUAACUCCAUGGAGUGACACGGCUAUGCCCCCAGUAUUCUCUAUUGUUCUGGUUGACAAGAGUUUAUUGUAUUUUGAGAUGAAGAUAAUUCAGUGUAUUCAAUGUUUAUUGCAUAGUUGUAGCUGUAUGCUAACAUGUACAAACUGAAUUUUUGGGAUAUCCUCCUCAGGUGACCCCACUCACUGCACUUAAGUUUGCUGAGUUAACGGUGAAAGCUGGCAUUCCCAAGGGGGUGGUAAAUAUCCUGCCGGGAGCCGGUAAGUGCAUAGACCCCAGGUGUGGUCAGAGAUUACGGGGGGGUGUGAUACAGUUACAGUUAUCAACAGCUGUGAAACUUCAUUCCAGAAUUGACAUACAGGCCACUAGAAGGGCAAACCAAAAUCACAUAUCAAUUAUGAUCCAUCUUUACCAGUUCUGUUUUACAUUUCUUGAAAGUAAAUAGAAGGAAAUUCAAUUUCAGAAAUUAAUGAUGACGUUCCUAUUAUUACAAUUGUCCUCCUCAGUUCACUCACUCUCAUAGCCCGGUUUACUCUCUCUUUUGGUUUGUCCACACUUUAACUAGUUUAUUCCGACACAGGCAAACUUUCCGUCAAUCUCUCCUCCACUGUCUUUCCUCUUGUGUUCUAUUUUUUUUUUUUUUACCCCUUCCAGAUAAAUUGUAAACUCGUUUGAGCAGGGCCUUCUUCACCUCUUGUCAGAUAUCCCUAUUCUAUAACUGUAGAGUCGUGUUGAAUAUGUUGGUGCUACAUAAAUUAUAAGAACAAUAAUAAGGAACAUUACGGGUGACGCACACUAUCCCUUUUUCUACUUUUUUUGGUCAGGCUCUCUCAUUGGCCAACGGCUCUCAGACCAUCCUCAUGUCAGAAAACUUGGUUUUACAGGAUCCACUGAAAUUGGGAAACAGAUCAUGAAAAGGUAAUAUUACUUAGACCAGUGGUUCCCAAACCUGGCCUUUAAGAGACCCCUACCAGUCCAGGAUUUGGGGAUUACCUGGUUAUGUCUAAGAUGUUUUUAGAAAAAAGAGAAAAAAAACCCGUAGACACAACUGAGUAAUCCCUAAAUCCUGGACUGGUCGGGGUGCCUUGAGGACUGGGUUGGGAACUCCUGACUUAGACUAUUGUCCUGCAAUCUGAACAUCUUGAUGUAUCAGCAACAUGUCCAACAUAACAUAAUAUCGUAAUACAUUUUUACAGUUUAGGUACUUCCAUGUUUUUAGGUCAAAAUACCAGAGUUAAAAAAAUUCUCCAACAUCAGCUUCCCCCACCCCCCACCCCAUUUUGCUAUUUGAUCCUAAGAUUUACUCUUUGCUUAUUAGCUCUCCAGCAUUCUUAAUUUAAAGAAUAAUCACAAAUGUAUACAGUUACUUUAGAGAAAAGUGUUUUUAUUAAGUGAGAGCAGUAAAGGUGUUGAAAUUUCUGCCUAGAGAAGUUGAUUUAUCUGUUCUUUAGAUAUCUGUAAAAAAAAUAAAUAAAGUCUGGAUGCUUCAAAUAAAAAGCUUGUUCAACGAUUAUUAACAUCAACAGGGUUAUUGGGGGCGGGGGCCUGACAACCAAGAUGGCCAGACAUGCUCCUUGAGAACUCCUGCACCAGCGGGCAAACAAACACGCAUCCUGACUAAACUACCCAUGAUGGUAGCACACAAAGCCCCAAAAACGGAGCAGAACCGCACAGGGAGCAUAACGAUACCCGUCAUGUACCACUGCACACUACGGGCACAUGGACCGACCACGCGGCCUACAUUGGAGCGGAGUCCGAGGCCUGGGUGAGACCUGCUCACAAGCGAGCAUUGACUACUGCCCUGAUACCCCCCCUCUGGACCGGCGGGGGAUAUCCCGGUCCUCGCUGGGGACGAUUACCCCCGCAAAGUAGACUAAACAAGCGACCAAACCUACAAUCGAACGGGACAAUAGAAACUCAAUCAAGAUGGUGGCACAGGCACGUCCGACGCCAAAAAGCACUCUCGCUCAGCCACCCAAGCACACCCAGGAGUUCUUUGCCCGGCUAUGUAACAGCCUAUGGACAAGGCUCCGCAUGAAGGGCCAGUCCUUCCACCUCGCCAUGAGAACAGUGGCGGCAUGAAUCCGGCCGGCUACACGACGACACCUGUGCAGAUACUCACCACGAGCUCCCGGGGCAACCUCCAGACAGAGACAGAGUCGGGAGGCAAGGUGGCGGGAAAUGGAUACAGGUCCCUCAGACGCUGACACACGGCCUCACAUACACCAAAGCAAAACCACCAAGCCCACCUGACCCACUCACCACACAGCGGCUCCGGAAACCUCAGACCAACAAAAAGGAACCCCAUAAGAGAAGAUUCACGAGGUCCAGCCUCCUGCCAGCGAAAGACAUAUGCAGAGAGCCCCUCAGAGACGAAGGAGGGGGGGAACUCUACAGUGGCACCAACUCUGCCAUUGCCUUUGGCUCACCCGUCAAGCCCCCAGAUCGAGCCAUGCAGAGGAUGAACACAGGAAUCGGCUGACUGCUGAAUGGUGCCAUCAAGCUGCAUCUAUCUGAGCACUGCGAGACACUGAGCUUUGAGGCAGCUAGCUCCACGCUAUGAGACUCUCGUAAGCCAACCAGAUGAAGCAUUUACGCUAGUACUUAUACCCAUGUUUUAAUAUGACCUGUAGCUUAGCCUGGUUAUAGCUCAGCUUGUUAAUCUUACAUAGCCUCACCUAGCUCAUCUUAAAGGUAGGACUCAAUACACCCAACAAGUUAGUUUACUCGAACAACACAUCUAACAUAUCUGUCUAAGCUUACACUCCUAGCCGAUGGACUUACUCACUCUUGAAACAAGCAUCGCAUAGUUGGAUAUCACCAGGUUAGGAUGAUUACCUGUUUAAUAGCUCUGUUUUAGCCUGAGCCUAGUUUGUUAGCAUGUAUACUACUGUUACCUUACGCUGUAAUCUCUGCUACGACCUCACAAUUUAACUACUAAAUGUGUGCCUAAACUACGGCAUAGUCCAAUGUUUCUUAUAUAACAGUCUACCUAGAUAGGCAUCGCUACCAGAAUAGCCUGUUUAUAACAUAACAUUUAAAAAUGUGCCGAUACUCUCAUGCCAUGAAUGUACAACUACUGUGUUUAUAUCUUUUAAUAUUGCCGUUGUGGCAUUGAAAAAUGUUUUGUCAUUCCUUGCACAAAGAAAAAUAAAGAAUUUAAAAAAAUAAAACAUUAACAAGGUUAUUCACUAAACUCCGGAUUUUGUCCAAAAUGACCAAACUCUGACCGCACUGGCAACAGCAAUUCGAUUUUGUAAAAUUUGUUCAGACGUGUUCAAAAGAUCUGCAUAUGAACCAAUUUACUUUAUCACUUUAACACUAGGUCCCCUCAUUCCUGUUUAGUAUUAGUAUGAAGUCCACCCAUGCGCCAGGGAAGGGGACAAUAAGUCCCUCCCUUUGUUAAUGUUAGAGUCCCUGCCCAACAUACGGGUGGUGGCCAGGAGGGGGCAAUAGGUUUUCCCCCAUGAAUACUUAAAGUAGCAGCCACCCGAUGCCCACCUCCAUUAUAGUUUUAUGGGAUUCUUAUUGACCCAUGGGAUUUUUAUUUAUUUAUUUAACUUUAUUAAUGAGGUGGCUGGCUAUCAAGUGCUGGCCAGGGCCACAUAAUUAACCCAAUCACCGCCGAGGGUUUUUAACUUUUCCCCUUUUGGCUGCUAGUGCUGCAAACAGGGAAAUCGUUCUGAUUUUUUUUUUUUUUUUUUUUUAAAUCCAGGUCUGGAGUUAAAGCCUAAUGAAUUCAUUCACUCAGGAUUUCAUCUUUCCGGAAGUUCGGUGCUUGAUUUAAAAAAUCUGGACAGUAAUGAAUUCCAUCCAUAAUGUUAUGAUUUUGCAGUACCCAAAUGCAGCCAGAUUCAGACCCGUUCGGUGCGAAGCCAUUCAGAGUUUAGUGAAUAACCCUGUAUGUUGGAUUAUAGAAUCCAUUUAUGUCAUUUGAGCUCCCUUGGGGGGAAUAAUGCUUCAUAACAAUUAUUAUUAUUAUUAUUAUAACAUCCAGCUGUGCUCAGAGCAAUGUGAAGAAAGUGUCCCUGGAACUGGGUGGGAAAUCUCCUCUCAUCAUCUUCAAGGACUGUGACUUGGACAAAGCCGUCCGCAUGGUGAGCUCACAAACUAUCACUUCUCCGGAACAAUAGAAAAAAACAUUGAAAACCAUCUAUAAGUCAUGUUUAACAUUUUCAUGUGAUUCUUCACUUUGGUUUAAAUAUACAGUAUAGGAAAAUGUAGCUAUUGGCAUCAUAAACCAGAUCACUCCUGGCACAACCAGGGCAUACUAUGCAUAGAAAUAAUCACAAACAAUCUAGACCCAAGAUGGAGGCGCUCAGUUGCAGGAUAGAGCUAAAAUCAUAUUAUUUUCCAUACCUCACAAAACACACAAUUGUUAAAUAUAGGGAUAGUUAAACAUAUAUGAAAAACCCUAGAAAGUGACGCUGUCCCUUUUAGUGUCUACAUGUUAUACUACCAUUUCUAUAAGAACUGCUCAUUUCUGUGGAACAUUUUUCAGCUUGUCAAUUAGAUGGCCCAGCUAGGCCAUUUCUAUAAUGGGAACCCUUGGAUUCUGGAAAUUCUCAAGGUCCUCAUUUAUCUAUGGCCCCACUGGCAACAGUUUCAGCUGAGAAAGAUUGACAAUGAUUCCUGUGGCCAAUGUAAUUCAGGAAAAGUCAAACACACAACAGAUAUCAUAUAUAGAUUGUGUGAAGUUGUACCUUGGCAAUCCAGCUGUCAAUGGAGUACCAUUCCUUUAGGCUAGCAUGUGGGUCUGAGGGUACAGUCAAAACCAAACUGCAUUCAGACUCCGAGGUAAAUAUAAACUAUAUACAUACAUAUAUAAAUCUACAUACAGAGAAGCUGGAAAAGAAAACUGUAUAAAAGUGGUACUAUAAUAAAUAAAAAGUAUCAUUAGCUCACUAUAGGCCAAAGUACAGAUAAUAGCACAUUUUAAUAGCCUUUUGGAAUAUGGGGGAAAUUCUUGGUGAAAUGUAGCAGAUUAACAGCCAAAACUAAGAACAUUUUUGGAAAGCCCAGAUAAGUUCCAGGUAUUGGAUUUCUAGUUGCAGCAAAUCCUAUACCUGAAAAUAUAUUUUAUAGCACAAUUAAAUAAAAAAUAAAACAAAUGUUAAAACUUUUUAUAAUCUGAAUUUUUUAUGUUCUAUUUUUUUGUAUCUUCUUCCCAAUCUAUCUCUUUCGAACGCUUGUUUUUAUCACAGGGAAUGAGUGCUGUAUUCUUUAACAAAGGAGAGAACUGCAUAGCGGCUGGACGACUAUUUCUAGAACAAUCCAUCCACGAUGAGUUUCUGCAGAGAGUGGUAAGUGACCUGUCUAUCUCAGAAUGACUAGGCUUUAUGAAAUCUAGAGCAAACCUUUUCAAUGGCUGCCUCCUUUGCAAUGUUUUUCAAAACCCAGAUUUAGUGGGCCUCAAACAAAUCCAGGCUUUUAGCAUGCUGCUUAGCAAUAAAGACAAUCAACUGGUUAUUCCAUAUUAAAGGGACACUAUAUUUACCAAAACAACUUUAGCUUAAUGAAGCAGUUUUGGUGUAUAGACCAUGCCCCUGCAGUCUCACUGCUCAAUUAUCUGCCAUUUAGGAGUUACAUCACUUUGUUUAUGAACCCUAGUGACUCCUCCCUUACACAGCCUUCAUAAACAUUUCCUGUAAAGAGUCAUCUAAUGUUUAUCCUUCCUUUAUUGCAAGUUCUGUUUAAUUAAGAUGUUCUUAUCCCCUGCUAUGUUAAUAGCUUGCUAGACCCUGCAAGUAUGUGAUUAAAGUUCAAUUUACAGAGCAAGAGAUAAAGUUGUUUAAGGUAAAUUACAUCUGAUUGAAAGUGAAACCAGUUUUUGUAUGCAGGCUGUGUCAAUCAGAGCCAGAGGAGGUGUGGCAAGGGCUACAUAAACAGAAACAAAGUGAUGUAACUCCUAAAUGGUAGUGAAUAGAGCAUUGAAACCUGAGAGGUACGAUCUCUACACUAAAACUGCUUCAUUAAGGUAAAGUUGUUUAGGUGACUAUAGUGUCCCUUUAAGUAAAUACUCAUCUGUAGCCCUUAACAGCCCUUAAGUUUGUCUGCACUGUUGUAGAACAGACAUUUGUCAGCAAUUUUCCAUAUAAAAUGAAAACAAUUAAAAUCUUCACUUGCCCCUUUUUCACAUCUGCAAAUCGUUCUAAUGUUUAAUGGCCAUUUUUAGGUGCCUAGGUUGGACCUGUGCUGCAAAUGUUAAAGGACCACUAUAGUGCCAGGAAAACAUACUCGUUUUCCUGGCACUAUAGUGCCCUGAGGGUGCUUCCACCCUCAGGGUCCCCCUCCUGCCCGGCUCUGGAAAGGGGUAAAAACUUACCUUUUUUUCAGCGCUGGGCGGGGAGCUCUCCUCCUCCGAUCCUCCUCUUCUCCUCCCCGUCGGCUGAAUGCGCACGCGCGGCAAGAGCUGCGCGCGCAUUCAGCCGGUCACAUAGGAAAGAAUUCAUAAUGCUUUCCUAUGGACGCUGGCGUGCUCUCACUGUGAAAAUCACAGUGAGAAGCACGCAAGCGCCUCUAGCGGCUGUCAAUGAGACAGCCGCUAGAGGAAAUAGGGGAAGGCUUAACCCAUUCAUAAACAUAGCAGUUUCUCUGAAACUGCUAUGUUUAUGAAAAAAUGGGUUAACCCUAGCUGGACCUGGCACCCAGACCACUUCAUUAAGCUGAAGUGGUCUGGGUGCCUAGAGUGGUCCUUUAAAUAUUAUAGAGCUGGUUUUGCACUAUAAGUGUUAAAGUGUAAAAAUAUAUGAUAGCUACUAGAAGCCUGCCUGUCAAAGGCUAUGCAUAAUAUUAAUCCAUUAAAUAUCUCUUUACUUCUAUAUAAUGAAAAUUGCACUAUAGUAAAUUUAUCAGCAUCCUCCUACAGACCAGCAGUCGAUUAAUUCUUGCAAAGCAGAAACCUAGUUUUUUCUUUUUUAAUUGGUCAGUACCAAGAUCCAACAGCACAUUGGCUUUGGUGUGACUGUAGCACGGCUGCCAGAACAUGAACAUAAUAUUUAAUAUUCUGUUUGGCAGGUGGGAGAAAUGAAGAAAAUGAAGAUUGGUGACCCCUUGGACAGGUCUACAGACCAUGGACCUCAAAACCACAAAGCUCACUUGGACAAACUGCUUGAAUACUGCAAGAGAGGAGUAAAAGAGGGGGCCACACUGGUAUAUGGGGGGCAGCAGGUCCAGAGACCAGGUAAGUAUCUGAAACUGAGAAUAUUAGUUUAUUAUUCUGGGUAGGAAAUUAUCAGUUUAUCAGUUUUGCUUUACAGAAAAGAAUGUCCAAGAAAAGGUGUGCAUGGAGCUUGAAUUCUGAGCCAGGUGUAUAGUGUGUCUAUUUCAGAGACACUUCUUCUCUUUGAUAGUUUGGUUCUUAGGUGCUUACCUGAUUCAGCAUAGAUUCUAUAUGGAUUCUAUAUGUGCUUGUAAGAUACAUAUAAAUCAAGUUUCUUCUUCAGGUUUCUACUUAUGAAGUCACUUCAAAGGGUGUGCAUUGAUCCACAUGAGCGAGAGAGAGAGUGAUUAGGAGUCCGUGGAGACAAGUAUCACCUUAAUAAAAUAGAAGCUUUAAAAACCAUAUUCACUUGUUUUGGAGAGCAAUGGGAUACUGUAUAUAUUAAGUUAUUUUAAUUUCAUGAAAUAUUCUCGAAACUUUACAAAAAUAAAUUUUACGUAAACACAACUUUUAGGCAGUUCUAAUCAUAUAAUCACACCUGCUGUUUAGUUAGACGGUAUAAAGUUACAAUUUGCUUUACUGCGUGCUUGAUAAACCGGUUUUAUAAUCUGAGAUUUACAUAUCAUAUUGUCUCUGUCUCUUUAUCACUAUGCCAAAAAAGAAAUACAGCUGGCUGCCUAGGACUUUUUUUUAUGCAGCAUUAACCAAGAAAAGAGGGUCACAGGGUAGUUAAGGACAACCUAUACAAUCAGCCACAGCUUGAUACAAGAAUUCACUUUAUCAGAGUUUGUGUCCUGUUCCACAAACUCCAGUUUCCACAGUCACCACAAGGAGUCAUUCUUUUCCAUUAUAUAUGGAGUGAAUGCCAUCACAGUACUGUACGUUUGAUUUAAAUUAAAUCUGUUUGCGCAAGAAUGUUGCCACAACUUGUUGCUUUAUGAGUUUGUUUUUCAUAGUUUACCUAUGUAUUUGUUUGCCAAUUGUAAAUUUAUGCCGGAUAUUCUGAUUCUUUAUACCAACUAGUAAUAAUACAGAGGAUCAGGGCCGGAUUAACAUAGGGGCUGAUGGAGCUGCAGCUCCAGGCCCAGGCCCAGGCCCAUGGAAUAGGCCCAUUGAUGUAAAAAAAAAAAAAAAAAUUUUUUUUACAUUUUUUUUUUUCACACUACUCUUAGGGAUUCCACCUGGCUUUUAUUUUAUUGGCACAGCCAGUAUUUGGGGCUGCCUGGCGGUGCCAAUAUUGCAGUUAUACUGGCAAUACAAAUGCUGGUAUUUUUAUCAGUAUAAACAAGAGAUUACUCUGCAAUACCAGCACUGGCCAGUAGGGGUCGCUGUGUGUGGAGACAGGCAGGGAUAGGAAGUUCCAGCAUAUCCGUCCCCUAUCUAUACUCACUGCUCUGCAGGGGUGCAGCUACAGAGAGUCCAGACAGCAACUCCCACCCUGCAGAGACAGCCUACAGCUCAGGGAAGUGAGGGAUGGGGGGAAAGGCUGCAAGGAGACAUAUACUGAGACACUAAGGGACACUGGGAGACAUUAUGGCAGACAAUAAGGGACACUGGGAGACGUUAUGGCAGACACUAAGGGACACUGGGAGAUAGUAUGGCAGACACUAAGGGACACUGGGAGACAUGGGUCACUGAGACACUGAUACAUAGGAACACUGAGACCUGGAGUAAUCGACACAUGGGGGCACUGAGUCAUGAGGGCACUGGGAGACAUGGGGGCACUGGGAGGAAUCCAUCUAUACAGCAGAAUCAAACUAAGUAGUUUUUUGGUGAUUUUACAGCAUUUUCUCUUAUAUCACUCCUUGUGAUUUACAUCAUGUGAUGUCACCCAUACAUAUUUAAUUAUGCAAAUUAGUAAGGCCGGUAUGUUUUUCCAAGAAAGGUGGCAACUCUAACUACUUUUCACAUACUCUUACUUAAGUAUGGAAACUUAAGUGGGAUGUAUGGAAACAAAACUUGUGUGGACUGGCUGACAAUGAAUAUAGUUAAAGGGACACUAUAGUCACCAGAACAACUACAGCUUAUUGAAUUUGUUCUGGUGAGUAGAAUCAUUACAGUCAAGCUUUUUGCUGUAAACACUGUCUUUUCAGAGAAAAUGCAGUCUUUACAUUACAUCCUAGUGAUAACUUCACUGGCCACUCCUUAGAUGACUGUUAGAGAUCCUUCCUGGGUCAUGGCUGCCUAAAAUGCAUCCAAACAUUCAGUGUCUCCUCCCUCUGCAUGCAGACACUGAACUUUCCUCAUAGAGAUUCAUUAAUGAAAUUCAUCUAUAUAAGGAGAUGCUGAUUGGCCAGGGCUGUGUUUGAAUCAUACUGGCUCUGACCCUGAUCUGCCUCUUUGUCAGUCUCAGCCAAUCCUAUAGGGAAGCACUGUGAUUGGAUCAGGCCACCACUUCUAAUGAUGUCAGCAGACUGCUUGUUUUUAUGAGUCUAACAGCAUGCCAAGUUACAGCUUCAGGCUUGAUUAUAGAUUUUGCUAUAUUUAUGGAGGCAUGAGGGGUCCAGGGGGGGCUAGAUGGUGGUGUUAAUACUAUAGGGUCAUGAAUUCAUGUUUGUGUUCCUGACCCUAUAGUGAUCCUUUAAGGUAAUGCUGACUUUGGUCUCUCUAACACUGUGGCAUGUUCCCUUUCUUCUACAUUCACUACAUAUAGCUUUACUCUGUCCCAGACCAUAUACCAGGAUCUUCUGCCUGCUAGUAAGAAGGUAAGGAGACAAGUGGACCAGCGAGUGCUAGGGGACAGUCCUUAGAAAGCGUUGAGUGAGCGCAUAAUUAGAUGCAUUUAUACCAAGCUCAGGGUGCUGUCUGCAUAGUGUGCCCUUAGUUGGCCAGCUGCAUGAUUGGCAGGCAGUCUGACAUGCAUUCAUACCAGGCUGGCCUUCUAAUUCUUUGAGCAGAAAUGUCCUCUUUUUGGGCAUGUUCGCCCCUUUUGGCAGGUUACGUGAUUUGUGUCUGUGGCACACCCUUUUACCAUGCCCAUUGACUUCCUGCUUGACUGGACACUGCUGUUAGGGGUUAUGGAUUUACUUGAAAGCUGAAAACAUAAAUUAGUGAGAGAUUAGCCUAGGGUAUGUGUUUUCUUAUAGCUGCUGUUUUCUUUCUCUCCAGCACCAUCUCCAUCAGAUACAUGAUGCUUAUGAGUGUUUUACUGUUUUUGGUCGAUAUGAUUCUGUAAUUAGGCCCGUCAGAAUUGUCAGCACCAGGCCCACUGGGCUCUUAAUCUGGCCCUGCAGAGGAUGGUUUUCAUAUAGUGCCUACAGAAAUGAAUGCUCUAAACUCAGCAGUUGCUGGUUCUUAGUAAACUCUCUGAUGUAAAAGUGAAGUCAUAUUGGUUCAAGGUUCUGAUCAUUUCUGCCAAAUUCAACUGCCAAGUCCGUGAGUUCAGCCACAUCCAGAAGGAGUUCAGCCAAGUUCAUUAUUCUAAUUUAAAUUCCAUUAAUAAUGAAUUGAUCAUUUCUAGCUUUUAAUAGAGAACACAUUGUUUAAUGAAUUGAUCACUAUAAACAUUUACGUAUAGCUAUCUAAACCGACUUUCCUACACGACAAGCUUAAUAUGCAGUGCAUAUUUGCCAUAAGUACCUUUCAAGCCAACAUUGUGAUCCAGUUUAGGUUACUGCAUGCCCUUUGAAUUAUUUAACUAUCGCUAUCUGAUGUGAACCUUUCCAGCCCUGUGGUGCCACAAAAUAGUUACCUAAGAGCUGGAAGUGGACCAGUGUUAAACUGAAGAGGCUUAUAUCUAAGUUUAUGCAAUUUAUUGUUUUCUAACAGUGAUGUAGAAAGGAUAGCAGGUGCCUGGAAUAUCCCUACAGUGGAAGUCUAUACAAAGGGCAGUAGAUACAUGGAAUAGACUUCCAGUGGAAGCAGUAAAGGUUAACAGUUAUAAAGAGGGGGUAGAAGAUAACUUGACUCCUUCCAAUAGGGGGCAGUAAAGGACAGCACAGUGAUAUAGAAAGGGCUGUGGAUACUUAAAAUUACCUUCCAGUAGACGUAACGUAUAUAAGCGAUAUGGAGGUGGUAGUUGAUAGGUUUAAUGACCUGAUUAAUAAUUUGCGUUACAAAAACAAUAAAGCUGUGUAUUAUUUUACAGGAUAUUUCUUUGAGCCAACCAUUUUCACUGAUGUCAUGGAUGAGAUGUACAUAGCAAAGGAGGAGUCCUUUGGGCCCGUUAUGAUAAUAUCCAAGUUUAAUGAUGGGUAAGAGAAACUCUGUCAUUAAUGAACCAUUGCCUGGAAUUAAAACGAGCCCAUUCUUUAAAGAAACAUUAUAUCACUAGGAAUACAAACCUAUAUUCCUAAUGCUAUAGUGUACCUCUCCGUAUCUAGAGUAUUUUUGCCUCCCCUCAGUUUGCCAGUCAUCAAGGAGGCAUAGGUACCUGUACCAGUGGCCAAUCCAAUGUUGAUGCACAUGCGCAUUAGUACUCCGUAUGACAGCCACUAGAGGCCUGAUUAACCCUUUAAGGUAAACAUAACCUUUUCUUCAAAAUGGCAAAAUUUUAACUUGUAAGGUCAAAGGGUUGCACGCACUCAGUUUGCAGAAUAACCUGCAAAAUAACGUUUUUACUUACCUGGAAUCCAGCACUUAGAGAAGCCUGUGAUUGGACUAUUUUGCCGGCUCAGAGCAUAUGCACACAAACUGAUCCAGCAAGGGGAGGGGAAGGCUUCUCUUUGAGCACUGGGCUCAAAUGACAUAAGAUAGAUUGACAGAAGACUAGUAAAAUAUACCCGCAUUGGCAUUGGGAGACAUUAAGGCACAUGUGCUGGAGGUGCAACUAGCCCUCAACACGCAAUUAAAAUUAACUCUGCAAGCUCACUGCACAUACUGACCCAUAUCACCAUGCCCACUUUAAAUCACUGAAGUGGUCAUCAUGGUUGGAGUAAUCCUUUGAAUAUAUGAGACCGCUGCAUCCAGACAACUUCAUUGAACUUAGUUGUCCUUUAAUAAACAUUUUAUAUUUAUUGAGAGACAUAUAAUCAUCUGAACUCGCGGAAGCAGUGAUGACUGACCUUAAAGUGUACCUGUUAUUUUAUACACAAAGAAAAAAAAUAUAGUACAAUAAUAUUAGACGUGUGCCUGCUUUGCACUUUGUCACAAUUUAGGUGGGUCAUCCGAAUUCCGUAACUCUUACCUUAUUAUACGAUAUGGACUUAUAACCGAAUAAAUAACUCACACAAUGGAUGAGCAAUAUUCAGUCGAUAUGUGAUUGGGAGUUCUAUCUGUAACUUCAAAAAAAAGAGAUGAUUAAUGGGAAAAAAGAGAACUGAUGGUUAGGGGGCAGCCACUAAAUGUUGAUUUUAUUCACAGAUCAAGUGAGAAGUGACCAAUAGAGGGAGGUAGAGGGGAGGAGAAGCAGUACACAAAAAUCUCUAUAUAGUAUAUAUAUAUAUAUAUAUAUAUAUAUGGAUAAAAUAUAUAUUGCAGAAAAUGUACCUAUAUGGAUAAAAUAUAUUGCAGAAAAAUGUACCUAUCGCUGUACUGUAUAAUAUUUAUAUUCUGUACAUAUUUUACAGUAUACUGCUUGGCCCAAAUCAUUUUCCUGAAUAUGUUUGAAUGGCCGACUAUCAGCCACAUUUUUCAGCACAAGUCAUAGAUCUCUAGGAUGUGUUUGUGAAUUCACCAUGUCUACAUUUCCCAAUCAAACUGCACAAUGGUGGAGUAAUGAAAAUGACAUAGAUAUGAAGAUUUAGCUCCAAACCAGAGAACUUCAUAGAACUUGCAAUGCAGAUCACCACAAUGACUAAAGAUUGGGAAAUGCUGUUGAUUAUAGUUGCCCUGUGUGUGUUGAUGUUCACUGGUUUAUGUGAAUAAGGUAGUGAAUAUUUCUGUUUUAGUGAUGUUGAUGGCGUACUGAAGCGGGCAAACGACACAGAGUUCGGCCUGGCAUCAGGCGUGUUCACAAAGGAUAUCAGCAAAGCUUUGUACGUGAGUGAAAAGCUGCAGGCAGGGACAGUUUUUGUGAAUACGUACAAUAAGACAGAUGUGGCGUCUCCAUUCGGGGGCUUCAAGCAGUCUGGAUUUGGAAAGGACUUGGGUAAGAAUCCAUGUUGUUAAGUAACUUGCUACUCCCACUGGGCGUGUUUGGGAUGGUAUAUCACAUGCCCUCUGAGCAGUCACAGUGUGCAUGCAAUAAAGCCCGCAAAACGUCAUAAUACACCCUCUUGUUUCUGUAAAGGACAUUGGCAUGCCCCCUGUCACGGCCCUAACCUCUUCCAAAUUAGAGUUAAAGGGACACUAUAGUCACCAGAACAGGUUAAUGUAGUUGUUCUGUUGAGUAUAGUCAGUCUCUGCAGGCAUUUUGCUGUAAGCACUGCCUUUUCAGAGAAAAGGACGUUUUUACAUUACAGCGUAGGGACACCUCCUGAGGCCAUGCCACAGAUGGCCACUAGAGGUGCUUCCUGGGACAGUACUGCACAGUGUGACUGACAUUCAGUGUCUCCUACUUCUGCAUGCAGACAGUGAACUUUUCUCAUAGAAAUGCAUUGAUGCAUUGCAUCUCUAUGAGGAGAUGCUGAUUGGCCAGGGUGGUGUUGGCUCCGCCACCGGCCCACCUCCUUUGCUGAGAUCAUCAGAAUUGACAAUCUCAGGCAAUCCAGUGCUUUCCUAUGGGAAAGCAAUGUGAUUGGCUGAGAUCAUCACUUCUGAUAAUGUCAGGCAAGGAGGCAGGUCAGGGGCAAAGCCCAUACCAGCCGACUGGAAUAAAGGUAAGAUUUCACUAUAUUUAAGUGGCAAGAUUGGGCCAGCGAAGCAAGAUAGCUGGUUAUUUUAACACUAUAGUGUCAGGAAUACAUGUUUGUGUUUCUGACCCUAUUGUGUUCCUUUAAUACAAAUUGAAUGGCAUGCAAUUCCCACCCUUUUGGGGCUUAUGUAACCUAUUUUUAGUUUUUCUUUUCCUAAUUUCAUUGAGAUUAUGGGAUAUGACAAGUGUAGGUGAAUAAAAGCAAACAACAAAAAAAAACCUUUUUGAAGACAUGAUUUAAAUGGAUCUCUCACUCAGUACAUCAGUUUGAACACAGUCUUAUAAAACAAUAUUUCAGAGCUCCAAGUUACAUACAUUUUUGCGUUUUUAUAUUUGCCAUAUAAACAUGUAUAUGCCCAUUACAUGCCAAGGUAUUUGGUCAGUUACAGUCACUCAAGGUGACCUAAGGAGAGACUUUCGUAUGUAAUGUAAAGGAGGAAUUCGGCACAUUCAAUCUAAAAUGGAGCAUUCCUCUCUAUAGACACUCACAACCUUUGCUAGUUUUUCGAGCUGUUCACUUAGGCUAAAAGCAGCCUUCCUGAUUACCUGUCAUGAUCUUGAGCAGGUCAGAGAGGAGACUUUUAUGCCAGGGUUGACUACAGGUACUUUGUGUUCUUAGACAUAGUAUGAACAGGAUAUCCUAUAUUAGAAAUUAUAGGAAAGAGACAGAGAGAAAAAACAGAAAUAAAGGGGCUUAGGCAAUAUGAACUAAAUAGAUUAUAAACAGGAAUGAAAGUAAAUAAUAAGAAAGCCUAUAGAUCAAAGUAUAGGUUAAAAUAGAAGGACAAAUAAAACAGAACAAAUAGGUUACAGGAUUACAGGAAAAGGAGAAAUUUGGUUAAUCAACCCCCAAUUAGGAGUAUUGAUCAAGCAGGAAAAUAACACCAUAUAAUAUUACUUUGAGACAGAGUCCAGGUUGGUAUGGAGCAGAGAAGUUGUAUGGAUCAGGCUGGUAGAAAUCAGGCGGGUAAGAUAAAGCGUAGUUCAGGCUGGUAUUGAGCAGGGUUGGAAGUAAGCAGGAAGGAUUGAGGAGUAGUUCAGGUUGGUAUUGCGCAGGUUUGGAAGUAAGUAAGAUUAAAGCAAAGUUCACAGGAGCCAGGAUCUGAAGUGUUUCAGGAUGAACAUAAACGUCAAAGUAAAGGCCAUGUGGUGAGUUGGGUGUAGCUGUUUGUAGGUUGCUCAAUUAGUCCAGGCAGGUGAGGAUUACAAGGUAAGUUUUUAGAGCUAGAGGCAAGGGAGACCACUAGUGGUCAAACAUAAUCAGUGCAGUAACUUGGUUUUAAAGGAACAGAAAAAAAAAAACGGAACAAAAAGUCUUGUUCGUCAGGAUAAGAUCCUGACAUUACCCCUCGUGAUUGGCACAGAAUGUGCAUGUUUCUGAAAAGGUAUAGGAUGCUUUAUCUCCUUUUGAAAUGCUGAUAAUAGAAAAAAUGUUUUGCAACAACAUAAAAAAUGUAGUUCUGCAUUCUGAAAACAUGUACUGUGAGUUUGAAUUCCCCACUGUCUGUAUUUAUUCAAAAUGUUUAGUAGUUUGCACUAGGGGGCGCAAGCUAUUUUAGGAAAAAAUGACAAAUGGUUUUAAGAUGAAUAAAGUGUAAUUUAUUACGUGCAUACAUUGUACCUUAAAGCAGCACUGUCAUGUGUAGGGUCUUUGCAUUUUUGUCUCAGAUACAUGUCACUAAAGUGAAUAUAUGUGCCCUGACCCCUUUCCAUUUCUCUUACAGGGCAGGAAGCCUUGAAUGAAUAUUUAAAGACCAAAGCUGUCACAAUUGAGUACUAG